AUGGGGUUUCCCCGGCCUUCCGGGUAUAUUACUCUCAUAUGGUGGACGAGGAGUUUUUGGUUUUAACUAGGGUAACACCUAAUUAUUAAGUACUAUUCCGUACGACCCUCGGCCAAAACCCCUUCCCCCUCCCCCGCACCAAAAAAAAAGCCCACCCACACCUAAUAAUUAAACAUCACUAUGGCCCAGAACCAAGAGAAGGCGUUUCAAUGUCCCGCCUGCCCCGGUAAAUCGUUUCUUACGGCUAAGGCCCUCCAUGACCACUCCCUCAUGAAGCAGCAUUGGCAUUGUCAGCAGUGCAGCCGAUACUUUGCCACAUCAGAAGCCCUCCAGCAACACAACGAGGACUCUAGCCAGCACAAGCAACCACCAAACAGGCCUAGGAAGCACCACGACCAGCCCCGCGCCGGGAAAUCCUGGCCUUGCCAGCAAUGCGACCGAACCUUCGGCACUCGGGAAGCCCUCGAACAACACAGGAGGGACUCUAAGGGACAUGGGCAACACCGAGCCGCGCCAAACUGGACUCAUCCCACGGCUGUUCUCGUGGCUGUCCCCGCCCGGGAUGGCCCCCAUACCGGCGCUAUUGGCCCGACCGCCGCCGUCCCGGUACCUCUCACGCCGGAGCAGCAACUGUCGCUCCGUCGGGCGGCUCAGAGCUUGGCGGAACAGUCCGCCCUCGUCGCUACGCAGGAACCCCCCCGGCCGACCCCGCUCGUCCACCGCGGCAUCACCUACACGACCCUGACUAUCCCGGAGCAGAUGGCCCUGCAAUCCCUCCUCCUCCGCUCCUGCCACUCGCCAGCCCGCCUCGCCCUCGAGGGAUACCCGCUCGCUGCCUCGGCCACAUGCCGGACCACCACCCCGCCCCGGGACCCGUCAUGCCCCAAGCGAGCGGCCGUGGUGCUCGAUUGCGAGAUGGCCGGCACCACGGACGGUGAUCACGCCAUCACCCUCUCCCUCGUCGACUUCUUCACGGGCGCCGCCCUCGUGCAUGCCCUCGUCAAGCCCGCCAGCGGCAUCAAGAUCACCAACUGGCGCACGAACAUCACGGGCGUUACCCCGGGCGCCAUGGCCGUCGCCGUGGCGCGGGGCGAGGCCCUCCGCGGCCGGGACGCGGCGACGGCCCGCCUGCUCGACUUCGUCGACGCCGACACCGUCGUGGUCGGCCACUCGGUCAAGUACGACCUGAAGGUGCUGGGGCUGGCGCACAAUCGAAUCGUCGACUCGGCCAUUCUCGCCGCCGAGGCCUCUGGGAGGUUUGGGAGCGGGGAGGACGGCAACAGCGGGGGGGGCCAAAAGGCCAUCAAGCAAGGGGUUGCGCUCGAGAGGCUGUGUCGGGAGCUGACCGGAGUGCGCAUCCGCGGAGGCGGCGGCGUGGCCGCCGGGCCCGGGGGGCGGUCCCAACACGACAGCUUGGAGGACGUGCUGGCGACGAGAGAGGUCGUCAUCUGGUGUCUGACGCACCCGGUCGAGUUGCGAGCCUGGGCUGCGAAGAAUUGGGAGGUCCAGGACGGAGCCAAGGGCAAUAAAGGAGGCGCAAAGGGGAGCAAAGGAGACAGGGACCGUACAACAAAGCACCGGCCCGAGUCUGUUGAAGAUGAUUUCGAGUGGGACGAGGACGACGAUGACGAUGACGAUGGCGAGAUGCUCCGGUGGGAGGACGUCAUCGACUACGAUACGUGGCCCAAGUCGCCCCCCGACUGGUCCGACUGAGCGCCAGAAUCUGCAGACUAUCUCGUCAGUGGAUCGGUCAUUAUGUGUAUUCAAUCUGGUCAAUUUCUUCCCUUAUCUUGUCUUUCUCCAUGCUUCUAUUGUUGAAUCGCCGCACAGAAGUCGUCGUUGAAUCUGAAGGAGGUACGGCAUGCGGAAACAAGAAACAGGUAGUCUCCAUGUCUUAAGUAGAUAGGUAUCCCAACCUUGUACACUGAGCCAAGCUCGCAAGUGUUGCUACAGUUUGGAAAGUUCCCACAAUUACAGGCCUGAGAGCUCC